GUUCUCCCAAGGGAUUCUCCAUAACCUGGGGACCUCCUUCGUAAGGUGUAUUAAUGGCGUGAGCCGUCAGACAGCCAUCCAGUCAUGGCGCUGUGGUGGUGUGCCAAGAUCUUCUGUGGGUUGGCUGCAGCGUGGCUUCCCCUGCUCCUCUCAUCACUGCUAUGGCUAACGAUCUCCCCUGUCCAUGCCAUCCCGUCCUGCCCACGGAGUUGUACCUGUCCAGGCGUUAAAGAGGUCCACUGUACGUUCAGACACCUCACAACCAUACCAAAAACCUUUCCUAAAGACACAGAGAGGCUCAACCUGGGUUACAACAGCCUGACGGAGGUGGAGGGGUCAGAAUUCAGGUCACUACGGCAACUGGAAAUGCUCAUGUUGCAUGGCAAUGACAUUAGCACAGUCCACGCUGGGGCGUUUUACAGCUUGAGAUCACUACAGAUCUUGAAACUGAGUUACAACAAACUAACAUCAGUGAACCCUGGUCUGUUCGAGGGUCUUGUUAGUUUGAUCCGUCUCCAUCUGGACCACAACCUCAUCAACUUUAUAGAGCCAUACACCUUCUCAGGUCUGACCUCCCUAAAACUCCUGCAGCUGGAGGGGAACCUUCUCAAAGAGAUCCACCCUCAUACCUUCAUUACAGUGUCAAUACUAGGAAGCUUUUGGACCUCUGGACUCAAACACUUAUACCUGUCGGACAAUCUGUUGGAGCAGCUUCCUGCCGCAGCACUGAAUACAGCUCCCAGGCUCGAGCUCCUCUCUCUGCAUGGUAACCCUUGGACCUGUGACUGUCAACUCCACUGGCUGAUAGAGUGGGGCUCCACACAUGAAGGUGUAAUAAAGUGUAAGAAGGAACGGGAGUCAGGCUCCAGUGAGACUUGCCCCCAGUGCUUCUCUCCUCAACCCCUGAACGGGACCCUCUUGCUAGGAUUGACUCCAGACAAGCUUACCUGUGAACGGCCAGCUCUUCGCUCCACCCUCAAACAGUGGGACAAUCCUUUGUGGGCUGAAUCUGAAGCAGACCCUGACCUCCCAUACACCCGUGACUUUGAAAAGCCUUUAGGCUACCUGACCAUCGUUCUCUCUGACAGCCAUGGAAACAGUGCUCAUGUGGCAUGUGAUGUGCGCCACCCUGGAGACAGUUCACCUAUGACUUGGACAGUAAAUCCACGUUCACCUGGGGAGUUAUCUGUCAAUGUAUCACUAGUGACUGUCCUUGAGUGUGAGAUUGAUCGGGAGACGUUGCAAAAUCUGUGGCAAUUGGUUGCAUAUUACUACGAAAGCCCUGCUAUCUUGGAGAGAGGUCAACAAAGAGGUAACAACAGCAGAGCAACUUAUCAAUAUUCCCAAGCUGUGAAUGAAAAUUCGCCAUAUUUCACAGAAUUAAAAGGUUAUUUGGUAGGAGAACCCUCAUGGCUGCUUCAACCCAGAGUCACUUUAAGGCUCAAUAGAAAGCAGACAACAACCAAGAAACUGGUGAUGGAUUUCACCACAGUAAUUACCAAGCACAUCAACAGCCAUGGAGGGCAGGAAGACAAUGACCUUACUUCUUCCUGGGCACUGAUUCGCCGUGGGACAGCAGGGCGAGUUCAGACUGCUCUUGAGGGUUCAAAGGUUAACUUAGAAUGCAGUAUUGUGACUUCAGAUCAGGAGGUGAAAGUGGAGUGGAUAUUUCCUGAUUUGUCAAUUGUGGAAGAAGCAACUGAUAAAAUAGAGAUUUCGGAGACAGGGGCACUUAUAAUUAGGAAUGCCACACAGUCUGACUCAGGCCUCUACCACUGUAUGAUCAGAACCAAAGCUGGUGUGGAUUUAAUGCCCUUGAGGCUCACCAUCAAAGAACGCUCACUCAGCCCCACUGCUUUCAAUGGUCAGAAAAUUGUUGUAGAAAGAGGACACUCAUUGUCUCUCCCUUGUGAGGUGACCGCAGUCCAGCCCAGUCAAACUAUGUGGUACCUGCCCAAAAACCAAAUGCUUCUUCCCACACAACAGACAAGAAGGGCAGAAGUAACAGAAAAUGGGACUUUGGUGGUAAGGAAGAUGACACAAGAUGAUGCAGGGGAAUACAGCUGUUUGGCCUCAAAUCUGUAUGGAGUUGACAUGCUAUCACACAUGGUGGAAGUCACAGGGGAAAAGGCCUCUGAAAAAUCCAAAGUACAGACAGAGAGAGAGCAGCCAAUCUUACCGGUUAGUGCAGAAGAAGGAGAGGGUUCAGGGGGAGAUUACCAAGAAAUUAUACGUCCUUUUGCUACACAGUUCCCUAAGAGGGUAGGAACACAACAAAAGAAUCCUAAUGGGUUUUCAAAAAGGAUAAGAAUGAAAGAUUCAAAGAGAAAACCUAAUAAAUCUGUAAAGGAAAUAGAUCCAAAUCGCUGGGCAGAGAUUUUGGCUAAAGCUAAUGCUAAACCAAGUGUUGCUCUGCCUACAGAGCAGUCACUACCAGAGCCCAGCACUGUCCAAUCAAGUCCGUCUAAACCUGCCCCUACAACUACCACCCCUACUACUGCUAGCACUUUCCCAUAUGCUACUAUUCCUAAUAUUAGGAUACAGCCAACAGAAUUUUCCUUUACCACAAGAACUAAGACUGAAACUCAUUCAACAGAGAAGAAAGGGGAGAAAGGUAAGGAGUCUGAAACAUUGAAAACACAACCAAAGGUUUUACAGCCUCCGCCUCCGCCUCCCAGAAGCACAGAAUCAUCCAUACACCGUGUUGGUGCGAUCACAGAAAAAUCAAAAGCUAUCACAGACUCUCCUGUUGCUGAAAUGCCUCAGCCAGUCGAACAGGCAGAAAAUAAGCACUUCGGAGAGGGGAGAAGAAAUUCCAACUUUCUUCCCAGUCGGCCAAACAGGAGAAGGCCACCUUAUAGACGAAGAAAACCACCAAUGAGAAGAGUCCAUCCGCACCUAAACCCAUUCUACCACUCAUCAAACAAGCCCCAAACAACUGUACCCCCACCAACAACUACCAUACCAACAACGACCACAACUACAACUACUACUACUACUACUACAACUACUACCACUACUACUACUACAACACCUGCUCCAACCACAGUCACAACUGCUGAGUAUGAGACAGAGGAAGAUGAAGGUGAAUUUUAUGAAGAAUAUAAUUACAAAGAUAGUGACAGUGUGGAUGAAACAGAAAAAUCAAACACUGAAACCCCUGAUACCAUUCAUGAUCUUGACAGAGAAAAAGAUACCCAUGUAGGUAGCUCUGCAGAUAGACAUAAUUUACCUAAUCCGAAUACAAUUGUUAUUCCAAAGCUAGAAAGUACCCCUCAUCCAACUGAACGGACCGUUCAGGAAAAGGAGACAGACACUGUAAACCUAAACCAAUUGGAGAGACAGAGGGUGGAGAUUAGAAAACAAACUGAAGAAAAGGGCAGAGAUAAUAAAAAUCUUGGAAGAGAGAGUGAGAGGGAGGUUAUAACAGCAAUGGAAGGGCAAGAAAACCACAAAAUAGACACAGAGGGCAGUGAAAGAGAUGCAGAAAAACCUAAAAAGGAGUGGGUUACACAGAACUACAAUACGUGGGAUAGCAUCCGGUUAACGACCCAAAAUAGACUACGACCUCACACUCGACCUUCACUGGAACAAAAUACACCAAGCCGAGAAAAAACCUCAUCUUCCAAAGUCAUUACUUCACAUUCAACAAGAGGCAGAACAGGACAAGACAUUACCCAGAAGGAAAAUACAGAAGUGGAUAAGCCAAAAGCAAAGCCUGAGAUCCACAGUUUUCCCAUUAUAGAGCCAGUUCACCCCUGGCUGCACCAGUACAACCAGGGAAAGGGGCAAACCACCUCUUCCCAGACAUCACAAACAGACCAAGAAAGAAACACUGGAAAACAGGAUGAAGUGAAUCCAGACCGGCAUUCCCAGUUUCCCAGCAUACCCCCGACCUCCCGCUGGCCUUCACAUCAUCAUCAUCAUCACAACCCCCUUUACCCUUCCUGGCCAGGUCAAAGGUCAUUUCCUCAUCCCAGGCAUGGUACUGGGUCACACCCUGUGCCCACGCAUCAACCGUGGCCUUUGCCCCACCCCUGGGUUCAAAGCCCGGUUGUCACCAACAGACCAGAGAUCACAGCUGAAACAGUGAAGCCCACACCUACAGUUUCUGGAUCAUCUGGAAACUCUAGCUUCACAAUCUCCAGUCCCCACCUGAGGCAUAAUUUUCAUCAAAAUCAUCAUGUUGAUAGCAGGACCCAAACCAGAGAUCAACUGUUUCUAUCAAGGCUGAGGAACAGAUACAGACAGGCACAGCUCGAUCGCAUCGCUCAGCUAGGGAGGAGGGUAACACCCAAACCUCGCACUAGCUACCACAAUCCCCCAUCCCCCAUCACACAGAAACCCAGCCCUCCAUCCCCACACAGACCCCACAACCCCAGACUACUAGCACCCCCUGUGUCCUUCACCCUGCAACCUCCAAACCCUGCUAAACAUUCAUCAUCCUCAUUCUCUGGUUUCAUCCCAACCCCUCGCUCUCAGCACCCCACCACUCCAGGGUAUGGAGGUCAGUGGCCUGUUGGAGCAGGACGAAUCAGCUCUCGGGGUCCCACAGCUGCACCUCCUUUCCCAUGGGUAUUGGGAGCUGGGGCUGGUGGGGUGAAGCCCCGCAUAACCACGGUAACCACAGCUAGUGUGUCAGUGCUGGCGGAGAGUGAUGUGGUUCUGCCCUGCAAAGCAACAGGGAAUCCCGAACCCAACAUCGCAUGGACCAAAGUCUCCACAGGUGCCACCAUCCCAGCCAACAGCAAGCAUGGUCCCCGUUUUGAAGUCUUCAAAAAUGGAACUUUUGUUAUCAAAAAAGUCCAGCUUCAGGAUAGAGGCCAGUACCUCUGCACGGCCCAGAAUGGGUUUGGAUCGGAUCGUGUGGUGGUCACCUUAGCAGUCCAGACUGAGGCACCUAAGAUCCAACCUCCCAAGUCCACAGAGAUAGCAAUCUACUUAGGAAAAAGUGUGACUCUUGACUGCCUUGCUUCUGGAAAACCACCAGCCCAAAUUUCAUGGAUUCUUCCAGACAGAACAUUUGUUCGUGAAAUCGGGACUGUUCGCACCCUCCUUUCUCCAAUAUCUCUGCUUCAAAAUGGAACCCUGCAAAUGCGUUCUGCCAAUUUCUCUAGUAAAGGGGACUAUAAAUGUAUCGCAAGCAAUGCAGCAGGUGCUGAUACAAUUACUUAUCAUCUCCAUGUGGCAGCUUUGCCUCCAAGCAUCAAUGAAGGAGCAAUGGAUACUGUCAUCAUCCAGCCAGGCAGGAACGUAUAUGUCCAUUGCUCUGCAAAGGGUGAACCAGUGCCUGCUCUGAAAUGGAUACUCCCAGCAGGUGUCCAUGUGAAGCCAUCACAGUUUCUGGGACGCAGGCUCUUUGUCUUCCCUAACGGGACACUUUAUUUGAAGAGUGUUUCACCAGCUGAUGCAGGGGGGUACGAGUGUGUAGCCGCUAACACUGUAGGCAUUGCCAAAAGAACCGUCCAGCUGGAGGUGAGGGCAGAUUCCCCCUCCUUCACCCGCCAGCCUCCUCCUCUUCCCAUCCCUCCAAACCACCGCCAUACUGUGCCAUCCCGCCAGCAUUCUGUCUCAGCUAUGUACGGUUCUGCUGUCUACCUCCACUGCCCAGAGUCUACUGGAUCCACAAGAGGGACCAUUUGGCAGCUACCCUCCAAGACCAUCAUGGAACAUAGAUACAGUCCAGAGAGACCAAUUAAAGUUUUCCAUAAUGGGACUCUGAGGAUACUUCAGCUAACAGAGUUGGAUGGUGGAAAUUAUCUGUGUGUCUUUCAGCGGCCCAAUGGGGAGGACAUGGAGCUUUUCCAGGUGGAGGUCUUAAUGACACCUCCCAGAAUUGAACAUGUGAGGACUGCACAGACCAGGGUCACCUUUGGAGAAAAUUUUCAGGUGGACUGUGUUGCAACAGGCCUCCCAGAUCCGGAAGUUUCCUGGAGUCUUCCAGAUGGAACCUUAAUCAACAACGCCCUUCAGUCGGAUGACAGCGGCCUUCGCAACCGCCGCUAUGUUAUUUUUGGCAAUGGCACUUUACUUCUCCAGCAGAUGGGCAAAAAAGACGAGGGCGACUACACUUGUUAUGCCAAAAAUAAACUGGGCAAAGAUGAAAGAAAAGUGAGCGUCACAGUGGGACCGAAUGCUCCACAAAUUCGAUUAAAAUCACAAUCACUGGUGACAGUGAAGUUGGGAGAGUCAGGUAAAUUGAAUUGUCAAGCAACAGGGGAGCCUACACCAAGAAUCAUGUGGAUCUCACCACGAAAUGAUGUGAUACCGAUGUCAUCAGACAAAUUUCAGAUUAUGGACAAUGGGAUGUUAGUGGUGAAGAAAGUGACGCUUGCUGAUGAAGGGAAAUAUGCAUGUGUGGCACAAAAUUCUGCUGGUGAUGAUGUUAAAAACAUGAAACUUGAGGUUGAACCUCAGCAACCCUUUAUCAAUGGCAUAAAAGGGAAGAGCACCACAAAGGUUUGGGGGGUUUCCUACCAAACAGCUCUUUUGGAUUGCAGGGUGGAAGGGAAACCUGAACCAAGAGUCUGGUGGGUUACUCCUUAUGGCCACUCGCUCCAUACACCCUACCUCGGUGGUCGUUUCCAAGUCCACCAAAAUGGGAGCUUGGAGGUGAGAGGGGUGAGGAAAACAGAUGAAGGGAGAUACAUGUGUCUGGCCAAAAACCAUCUGGGUGAAGCCUCACUUUUAGUUGAAUUAGAUGUUGCAUCACUAGCUGAGAAACCAAGUUUUGCUGUUCCCAAUAUUGAAAUCUUACCAAUAAAGCAAGACGGUGGGGAACUGAUCCUGGAGUGCCCUGCUCGUGGCAAGCCAAACCCCGAGUUUGUAUGGGUGCUACCCAAUGGGACAAUGUUAAUGCCUGGUGUUAGACUCCAACGCUUCACCCAUCAUCUGGGUAAUGGGACUCUACAGAUCUCUCAACCAGUUGCAAGUGAUAAGGGAGUAUACCGGUGUCUAGCAAAGAAUGUAGCAGGACAAGCAGAGAAACGUUAUGCACUGGAGGCGGGCAGGAAGCCAGUGAUCAGAGGAUCUACAGGUGGGAUGAAGAUCACCUAUGGCCACAACCUCAAUUUGCCUUGCACUGUGGAUGGCUGGCCACAGGCAUCAAUUGUGUGGACCCUACCCAACGGCCUUGUUUUGGACAAGCCUCAAACCAUUGGUCGAAUAUCCUUCCUCGCCAAUGGGACCCUCCAGCUCAGACAAGUUGCCACCUUUGACAAGGGGACAUACAUCUGUAAAGCCUCCAACUCUUUUGGCUUGUCAACACUAUCCUACCCAAUUGCAGUCAUGGUUUUUCCACCACACAUCACCAAUACGCUGGCCUCCAUCACCAGAGUCAACCGAGGGUCACCAGUGACAUUGAAUUGUGUUGCGACCGGUAUUCCCAAGCCAGAUAUUUCGUGGACGUUGCCUGGACGCACCACGCUGGUUCCACAUAACCGGUUCACAGUGCAGGGAGGGAUCCACAUGACAGAGGAGGGCAGUCUGGUCAUACAGAACCCCGUGCUCAUGAACUCUGGUAUUUACAAAUGCAAUGCUAAAAACGCCCUUGGAACAGAUUUUAAAUCUACAUACCUACAAGUGGUCUGAGUGACAGUUACCAAGUUUAUUUUGAAUUAAGAAACUCUCACAGCAGAAUUAAGACUGGAUGAGGAUUUGUCCAUCAGGAUUUAAGUAUCUGUAUAACUGCUACAAUGAGGAUGGAGACAGCUUUACAUCUGUCCAACUGUAGGCAGCUUGAGGUAUGAACAAUGAAGUUUUAUAUUUGGACUUUACAGCAAAUUGUCACCUGGAGUGCUUUGUGUGACUGCAGUUUUGUCAAGUUGUGGUGCAAAUAUUACAGAAGUCUUUUAAAACUAGAGUUGACCUGAUCAGUGCCCUCUCAGAUGUGCCUCUCAUGCAGUAACUUCACAUUCCAUAAAGUUGUACUUUACAGUACAAAUUAUACUUAACAGUACAAUUUUACUUUAACAUGAUGUUGUUUGUUCUGCAAACAAAAUAUGUGAGGACUCUGCUCUCUAGGGAUUGCUAUAUUUAAAUAUGAUAUGUACCCCUUGGAUGUAGAAUCAUCCGUCUGCUGGUGAAUUACAAUUUAGACGGUGAUUUCAAAUAUACUGUACGUGAUAAAUUAACAAAUGUUCAUGUUACAGAAAAAUUACCUUUGCAGACACCUUGCAGUCCCACAGACAUUUUAUUUUGGAGUUUACAACACAGUUGAAAUUUUACAACCUCACAAUUUUGACAGUAAAGAAGAGUGGCAUGUCAAGUCUCAUGUGGGUCUGUAAUAUAUGCUCAUAAAGUGCCAUAUUUCUUUUAGUGAGCAAUGACUCUUUCCUGUGAGAAUACAAAUACCCCCUAUUGCCGAUUUACAGUGUGUACCAGCAAUUUGUUUACUGUAUGUAUCAAUGUCAUUUAUUCAUGCUCAUAAUGGUGGGAAAACAAUAGAUUGUAAUAGCUACAUUGUCAGACAACACUAACUAUUAAAAAUUGAGAAGCACCAAUACAAAACAAAGGUGCACAUAAUGAAUAUGUAAGUUUAUAAUUUAUAAGUAAAGAAAUAAAAUAUACAGGUAUAUAUUGUUGUUUUUCAGCCUUGCUAGUGGCAUGGCUCAAGGAAUGGCAGUCUCGGUUGGUCAGUCCACCACUUUUGUCCAGCCUGAAAUAUCUCAACAGCUUUUGAAUGGAUUACCAUUAAAUUGUCCCCAGAGGAUGAAUCAAAUUCACUUUGGUGAUCCUCUGGUCUUUCUUUUAGUGCCACUAGCAGUAAUUUUUCACUUAUUGUAUCAUGUAUAGUAUUGUAUAGUGGAAUAGCUUUACUGAUUUGAUUUAGUGGAUGACAAAAUUUGGUACAGUAAAAGUAAAAGUUAAAUGUUAAAGUAAAUAAAGCCUAAUGCAGAUUAAUAUUAUGAGUAUUCACAAAUGUUCCCCAAAUCUUCUUUGAAGAUAUGCGUAGGUGUUACUAUGUUAUAAACUGGAGUCUGUGUGGGGUUUUUAGAGGUAAAGUCAUUUUCUGUCUUAUGUUUGGUGUUCAGUCUAGAGGUCAUGUUAAUGUCAUAAGGAACGUGUCAAAAAGAAUAUUCAAGUAAAUUUUGUGUUUACAGGAAUGUGUGAUUUAUGAUAGUGUGCACCACUCUCUGGCGCUUUAUUAAUACACCGGUGAUAAUUUUCUACCAUUUCCUUACAGGACGUUCCCAUACUAGCAAACA